UUGUGAGAGCAUAGCUUCUCAUCUUAAGCCAUGGCUUUCUCAGUGCACAUUCUGCUAGCCAUGACCCUGGCUCCCCUGGUCCUGGGCUACCCCAAUCCCCCUACAUGCUACACCAAGGUGCUUCAGAUGGCACGGGAAAUCACCCAGCGAGCUGCCGAGAUCAAGAAUGCUCCGGAAACUAGUCGAUGUAUGUCGCACAUGCCUGACCUCUACAUAGACGUCCAUAACGGCUGCGUGAUGUCCAAGAUGAGGAGCUACAUUUCCAUGGUGGAGGGCUUGCGUGAGAGGCGCUGUGCUUACACCAGGGAAGUGAGGUGGCUGGGGGUGACCACGCGCCAGCUGUACAUGAUCAUGUCCCAGAGGUGUCACGGGGAUCUGGUCUUCACCAUGGAGAACUGUGCAGCUUUGGAAUGAAGACAAGCUGGAGCCUGAAAUGGCAAUGUCACUGUCUGAUGAGUGAGAGAGAGAGCGAAUGAGAGAGAGAGAAUGAGAGAGAAAGAGAGACAGAGAGAGAGAGAGAAUGAGAGAGAAAGAGAGAGAGAGAGAAGGAGAGAGAAAGAGAGAGAGAGAAUGAGAGAGAAAGAGAGAGCGAAUGGGGGUGGGAGAGAAAGAUAUUACUGUGUAAUUUGUAUAACUGAGCAUCAAAUAUCUAUGCAAAUCACAAUGCAGUGUUGUAUUACAUUAUCCCUUGAGCAUGACUCUCUAAAUAUAAUCUACACACUUUCAAUUAAUAGUUUGCUGUUGGUGAGGUCGUUUUAUUCCUCCUAUGGUUUCCAAUUAUUAAUAAACCAGCAUGUUCUCCAAUUGCAGACUUUCAAGGGAAA